CGUCUGACCAUAGUGCCAUUCUCCCGCGGUCGCUUGGGCUGCAUAUCCCCUCUCGUACCUCCGAUAUCUAGCUUACCCCUUUGCAUAUCGCCAACAUGAAGGGCUUCGCGAAGGCGAUCAAGCGGACACCGCAUCUGGUCACGACCAAGGUCGGGAUGUCGAAGAAGUCGUCCGAUCCGGAGUUCGAGGAAUACCAUCGCGCCUUCCAAACUCUCGAGCAGUCUACGGAGAAGCUUCUGAAGGACACGAAGGCUUUCAGCGAGUCGGUAGUCGCUCUGUUCACUGCCGGCGUUGGCUUCGCGAACCAUUUCAAGACCUUGUUUGAACCCAUCUCUGGGGAAUACAACCUCAUAGGCAAGCACCCCGAGGCUGAACACACGAUACGCAAUGUCGCACCGUACCAGGAAGCGAUGGAUGAGCUGCAAAGUACCAUCGCGCCAGAAUUGGAGCUAAUAGAGAGCCGUGUCGCUGGUCCCACGAAGGAACUCCAGAGUGUACUCAAGACCAUCAGGAAAACCAUCACCAAACGCGAACACAAGCUCAUAGAUUAUGAUCGAUUCAACAACUCCUUGACGAAACUACGCGACAAGAAGGAGAAGUCUCUAAGCGACGAGAAGAACCUGUUCAAGCUCGAGCAAGACUUCGAAGUAGCGACCAAUGAAUAUGACUACAUCAAUACCGCACUGAAGACGGACCUUCCCCGGUUCAUGGUGCUCGCCACCCAGUUCAUCGACCCGCUAUUCCACUCCUUCUUCUACAUGCAACUGAACGUAUUCUACAUGCUGCUGGAGAAGAUGCAGCAGUUCGCCGACGGAAAGUUCGAUGUAGCGAACGUGCCCGGCUCGCAGAUCGCCGCCGACUACGAAGAGAAACGCACGGAUGCCUGGCAGCAGAUCGAAAACCUCAACAUCACCAAGCGGAUGAUCAGUACAUCCAAGUUUGUGCAACAGACCCGCGCCCAGGGCGGCUUGUCGGCCGGCUCGUCACUCAACCGUGCUUCGUCGACCGCCUCCGCGUCCACGGUGUCCUCUCGAUCUGCUGCGCCUCAGCGCACACCGUCCUCUUCCUACGUUAAAAAGGCACCUCCGCCUCCACCCAGCGCGUCCUUCAAUAAAGCCCCCUCGCCCGUGCCUGCCGCCCCGCCGCCCUACACGCCCUCGUCCGCCGGCAAUGCAGCGGCCGCGGCCGCAGCCGCAGCCGCUAAGAGGGCACCACCGCCACCGCCCCCGCUCAAGCCAAAGCCGCAGGCGGCGCAGUACGUGGUGGCGCUGUACGACUUUGAAGCGCAGGCCGACGGCGACUUAAGCUUCAAGACUGGAGAUAGGAUAGAGAUUGUCGAAAAGACGGCUAGCGCGGAGGAUUGGUGGACGGGGAGACUCAACGGGCAGCAAGGCGUUUUCCCUGGCAAUUACGUCCAGGAGGCCUGAAGGACUGUUAAUCGGGUUUGUGUGGCAUGACUAUCGGGACUGGACAGAAAGCAGAUUGUUCGAGCAAUGACCCCAGGAUCGGGGCGCUUCAGAAGGUCACAACGGGACCGGUUAUGUUGUUUAUUGGCGAUUCAAUGCUGCUCGAGGAUCAUGUAUACUUCGAUAUGAGACGGCGUUCGGCUUCGGUGUGGCCUUAGAUAGCAAAUCGGAUGUAUUAAUGUGAAUGUCAUUCAACUC